AGAACCCACCCCAUUAUUAAAAUGGAUAUAUAUGCACAUACAUAUUCAGGAUAGGGUCGUUUCUGCAAUCAUCUUCAGUGUGAAAACCCAGAAAGAUUGAAACUUUGUUACUGAUCCAAACAGAAAAAGGUGAUUCACAGUUUUCACACUUAACAGACUCGAUUUGGUUUUAUGUCAGCAAAAUUAAUGAGUAUAGCAAGUUGGGGACCUUAGAAUUGAUUAUGGUGUGAGCUGUCACUGUCUUUGCAAGUAGGUGUGCAAUUGGGAUAGGCCCACACUCUCUUCUUAUUCUUGUGGACGCUUCAUUUUUCAGGAUAACGUAUCAACGUCAUCCUCAUUUUCUUGUUCCCAUUAUUAUUAUUUUAACUUUUUAAUUCUUGGAAGUUGGACAACUUAUAUUGAGGAUAUUUUGGGGUUUUCAUGAUGCUGGCCUAAUUGAAAGAUUAACUGAAUGGUUACUGGUACUUCUCAACUAUAAGGAAGAUUUUGGCUCAACAAAGUUUCCUUACUUUCAGCAAUUCACAAGUGUCCAGUUCUUGAUUUGGCGAAAGAAACCACCAUUGGAUCCAUCAGCAUCUCUUUCCCUUAUUGGAGCUGCUUUUCAGUUUGUUUGGCUAUUUUUAGACUCCUUUGUUUCUCUUCUCAUUGAGCUUAUUGGCAGUCCAAUCUUGCAGUUAAAUUGUUGCUUAACCCAAAGUUGUAAUUUCCCUUGAGAUGAUUGUUCAAGCUUUUUUGUGGGACUGUUGAGCGAUUCACUUGCGUUUUGUUUCGAUCAAAAGUAAGAAGGGGUUAGAUGACAAUAGAUGAGUCAAGUAGCAGCAGCUCCAUAUGGAGUAGAGAGCAAGAUAAGGCAUUUGAGAAUGCCUUGGCAACUUACCCUGAGGAUUGUGAAGAUUGGUGGGAGAAAAUUACGUUUGAUGUUCCAGGGAAAACAUUAGAAGAGGUUAAGAAUCACUACGACCUCUUAAUAGAUGAUGUUAGCCGGAUCGAGUCUGGCUCUGUUCCUUUACCUUGUUAUAACUCUUCUUCAGACAGUUCUACAAGCCAUGGUGGUGAUGAAGGAACAGGAAAGAAGAGUGCCAACUUAAAUGGUGAAUCAAAUCAUGGAGGUAAGUCUUCGAGGGCAGAUCAGGAGCGCCGCAAAGGCAUUGCUUGGACUGAGGAUGAGCAUAGAUUGUUCCUUCUUGGCUUGGACAAAUACGGGAAAGGCGAUUGGCGAAGUAUUUCCCGAAAUUUUGUUGUGACACGUACUCCUACACAAGUGGCCAGCCAUGCUCAAAAAUACUUUAUACGCUUAAACUCUAUGAAUAGAGACAGGAGACGAUCAAGCAUACAUGACAUCACCAGUGUCAACACUGGAGAAGUUUCAGUGCCUCAAGGUCCAAUUACUGGCCAAACAAAUGGUUCUUCUGCAGGAAGUUCUUCUAGCAAACCGAGCAAACAACCAACUCCGGCACCAGCUGCUCCCCCUGGUGUUAGCAUAUACGGAGCAACUAGCAUUGGACAACCAAUAGGAGGGGCCUUUGUUUCUGCAGUUGGCACACCAGUGAAUCUUCCACCGCCAACACAUAUGGCAUAUGGUGUCCGGCCUCCAAUGCCUGGAGCAGUUGUUCCUGGUGCUCCAAUGACCUAUCCAAUGCCACAUAUGUCUAUGCAUAGGUAGUACAAUUGUUUAGUUAUGAAAUUGUACAAAGUAAGAUCGUAGAGGCUUCUGCUUGUUCAGGCUUAAUGUACCAAUCUUCUGACUUAGCAGUAUUAAUAUCUUUGUGAUAUCGCAUAAAUUUGACUUUCAUUGUCAAUUUAUCUUAUAGAUCCAAAAUAAAGCAUUGGGCAAGACUUCAUGUAUCUACGUAUGUGAUGUAGAAGCACCAAGAUAUAGGGCAAGUAACCUUCUUGCUUUAGGUAUGUAGGAAUCUUCUCAUGAAGUGAAACACUAUUUGAGAAUUAAAAUUUUAAAUGUAUUCUGAAGCAGAAUUGUAAGC